AUUUUUGUAUCAUUAUUAACCUUUGAGAGCCAUUUUUUAUAGAACAAAGAGAUGAGUUUCAACGAUCCUUCGUUAAACUCCAUCAUCCUUUGGUUCGCCGCCGUAAGGUUUCUCUUGACUAUCUUCGUUAUCUUCACCCUCCUCGUUAUUUGUUUGAUCAAACGCCGUAGGUUUGUGGAUGUAUCACCGGAAACAGAAGACGACCACCGCCACCGCAGAAGAGAACCACAAAGCCAAGGGGUUAACGCUUCUGUGAUUGCUGCCUUUCCGACAUUUUCUUACAAACUGGACAACAACGAUCUCGAGGGCAACAGUCAGGAGAUAGAGUGUCCGGUUUGCUUAGGGUUAAUCCCCAAGAAUGCUGUAAUUAAGGUUUUACCAAAUUGUAAGCACAUGUUUGAUGAGGAAUGUAUUGCUAGGUGGCUUGAAUCGCACACAACUUGCCCUGUGUGUCGUAGAAUGGCUGAGCCUUUGUCUAGCACUGGGGAUAAGGUUUUAGAAAGUAUAGUAUAGUUGAUGGUUAAUUUAUAUGUCAGUUUCUAUCUUUUUUCUUAUGCUAAUUGUAAAUUUUUUUUUAUUGAAUAUCAGAAUGUACAAAUGAAAUACUCAGCAUGAGCACAGACAUAUACUACUUGAAUCUAAUAUGCUCGAUCAAAUGAGUCAAUUUUCAUUUUAGAUCGAGAAGUUAUACAUAGAUCGUCUUGCGUUCCUUGUAUCAUAUACUAUCUUAGAUGGAAGAGUAGAAAACAAAAGUUUUUGUUUUGGGUUUUAUGGUCAAUAUAUCAAUGCAAAAAAAAAAAUGUUUAGAGGAUUUUAUCAUAUUAUUAGGAGGAACAGUGUAAGCUUAUAUAUUGUUUUUCUGAUAAAUAAAUGAGCUUAUAUAUUGUCACGUUCGAGUUCUGAAAAAUAUUUUAAUCAAGUUUGUUAUUAAACAGUUUUGACCUAUACUUGUAUAUGCCUUAUUCAUCAAUAUCCUCUAAUAUACUCUACGCAUGAAGUGCGAUGAGAGUCACCUAAAAUACUUUUAUUACCGAGUCAAAUCUUCUAAAAUAUAUGCAACUAAACAUAUUUUUUUGUUAUUCUAAGACGUUAGCUUAAAAAAAAAAACUAGUGCAUACAAAGGCAAAUAAUCCUUAUGAACCAUAGGAA